UGGCGGACAAAGGUGGUUGAYAGAAAAGUUGAAUCUUUGAAAUUGUUUUUAUACAGCACGUUAGAUGAUGAAUGCAGACGAUUUUAAGAGACGAACUACUCAAGUAUUGCAAAGGGCUUCACUUGCACAAAGGUGUGAAGAAGUGAAAAAGAUUAUUGAGGAAUCGUCCACAAAAGAACUGCAUGGAUUUUUCCCUGAACUUCUUGGAAGCAUWUUUGGAUAUGACAGUAACAGUGACUGGGGGCUCAAAUCUUCUGUUCAGAGAUCAGGGACAUAUAACCAGCUUAAGAUGUUUUUGGGUCCAACAGGAYCUAUUUUUAACCUCAUCAAUAAGCUCCAAGUGGAUGGUUACUUGAAGUAUGAAUUCUUCAUCAAAUGUCUCCCACUUCCUACGCAAAACUCCUUAUCUGAAGGUAACAUUCCACUAUUGUACCACAACAAGAUCCAGAUGUCAAAUGUUGCCAGUGCAAAUUCAUCAAGAGUUGUACUUCUCAAUGCAUUUGAGUACUACAUGUUUCAUUUUGCAUAUUAUAUCAUCUAUCAGCAAAACAUCAAUAGGAUAUCUCAAGAUUCAAGCUGGCUGAAUGAAACCAAUUUUGUGUAUCUGUCAAUUUUAGAAGAUUACUUGAACCACUUUUUACCUACUUUACCACAACCUCCUGGUGAUGGUACAUCGGUACCUUAUGCAUCCAGUGUGCAGCACACUUCAUGGUUUGGUAGUUUAAACAGACUUCCGCAAAGUCAAACACAAUUCACUGGGCUGAUACGUAGUUCACCAGUAGGAAAUGCAAACUUAGCAAUGCAGGGCCACUGUCCCUAUGACCAGAGCGCUGGAGAUAUAUGGAAAUCUGAAACAUUUUUACAGGUACUGAUAGAAUUCUGGCUAAACCAGAACACUAUGGACUCAGUGACAAGAAAUGUGUUGUCUCAUGGGGAGGUGUACUUUAUGCCGAGUGUUGAUUUAGUGAGAGCCAUAAGAAUGCUUGUCAAACAGAUCCAUACUUUUGUGUAUAGUUCAGGCAUAGAAGCUCUGAACCACCCAGCUGUCAAUCCUUUGGAUGAACUCAGAAGGGGCAUUAUACCACAAAUGCUGCAAAAAAAGUUUUAUUGUUUCUUGAGGCAUGGGUUUGCACAUUGGCCCUUAGAUCCUUCAUUUCGUGUGAUUGUAGAAACAUGGUUAAGCUUUAUACAGCCCUGGAGAUAUGCUAACAACCCAACAUUGUCAAAACCUGAAUCAUCACAAUUGUACAGUCCAGAAUGGUGUAGUUUUGUUCAUGAUAACUUCCCAUUUUUCUCGGUCAUCAUUCAAGAGUUUGUCCUUCGAGCAUUAAAACUAGACUUCCACUCAUCCAAAGAUGUUUUUAUCCUUUUGAGGGUUACCAAGGUAUUAGCUCAAGAAGGUUUAAUGGAUGCAAUUGAAGGAGGCGAGAAACUCCUUUAUGAAASCCCCARAGGUGGUUUAAGAGGAUCGCAUUCUGGAAUGGGUGUGGCUAUAGGGUCUUCAGURAGGGCAAACUAUUUGGACCUGGAAGGACACACAUACAACUACGUCCUUGAUGAAAAGCUUCAACGUCUUAUAGGCAACGUAUCUAGUGCUCUUAGGAACAUUAGACAUCCAGGUGGAACAUUUGGCCAGAGUACGCAAACUAGUGGGCAAGGCUCCAUGGGUUGGUUAAAAACUUUGUUCUCCGGCGAGUUCUUGGACAGUGACUACAGCGCGAACAAAGAUACAGAUAAAGUGACUUCGUAUUUGGAACAGUCUUAUAAACAUUUAGCAAGUAUUGCUAAGAUCAGCUCUGACGUCACCGAUUCGGGACAACCCUCAACACCAAGUGGAGGACGUGAGAGACUGUCUCCAAGUAUUGCAUCAUCGAGCACUAUAUCACACGGCUCGAUACCAGAAUGCAUUCAAACAGAUCAUGGAUUCAUACUUACUGAGAGAGGAAAAUAUCAGAUGAUCAAUGGAAUUCGUCGUUUUGAAGUGCAUUACACGGGUGAUCCUGAAUUACAACCCAUUCGAAGUUACGAAAACCCGACCUUAGUUCGAUCACUCUAUCAUUUUUCAACCUAUCUAAACAACAAGAUUGGUGACAAACUACACACCAUCUACACAUCGCCAGGCUACCUUAGCAGUAUCGCUUGCAAGCUUUCACCUUGCCUCAGAAACCCUACCAAUGAUCCUUUGAGAACUCCAUUUCCAAGCACACCUGCMCAUAAUGCAACUGUWACYUCGCCCUCGYCCCGAAGCAUCCCAAAUCCACGACUAAGCCUACGAUUCCUGGCAUCMUACAAGACUAUGUUUUAUUUCGCUCUGUUUUAUUUAUUGUGUAGAGUUUUUUCGUUGGGCUCGUUGACAAUUCUAGCUCUGUUUAUUCUUGUAUUAUUMUUCUCUAUCCUAGGAAAUGUUUGCCCAGUUCAUAGAACAGAGGACGACGAGGUACAGAAGAAAUUGUUUUAAGAUUUUGAAGCAUAACUAAGUUGUGUUCCCUUCCAAUCAGACUAGCAAAACAAUAAUCUUUGACUACCAGAAAAAGACACUGUGUAGUUUUAUAKCGAUAAAGAUGCAUAUAUCACGUGAUAUUUUCCUAAUAAAAGAUAACUGAAAGUGA